GCAAAAUGUCUGCAAACAAAUCGAAAGUUGUAGAUACUAGUGAAAAAUUGUUAUAAAAGAGAAUGUUUACAUACGAUAUGGAUGAUUAAUUUAUAUCUCUUUUCCCUUGAAAUGCGUUAUUAAAAUGGCAUCGACUUCAGUGCUACCAGCCACUCGUAGUGAGUUGGAAUUAUUUUUACACGGAAACAAAUUGGGUCAAAAAUUUCAUGAACUGUUUCAAGUGUCCGAGGACCCAGUGGUUCCAAAGAAAAAGACUGAGAAAAAGGCAAAAAAGGCUAAACACAAAGGAAAAGACAAAAAAUCGAAGCGAGAUCAAAGCCCAGAAGAACUUCCAGAGACUCCAAUUACAAAUCUAGAACUCCAUGCGAAUCCAUCGACAUUCAAUGUGUACGCCUUGGUGAGACAGGCAUUGCUUGAGAAAUGCAUGAAAGAGGCAACAAAGGUGUACCAGAAGACAACACUCAGCCUGUCUGACUCUGAGACAGAAGAAGAAGGGGAAGACAAGAGUAAAGAUGCAGGAAUCAGGAUUCCUAAGAUUGUGGGUCUCGGCCUGUGUGGUGUGUUUGAGCUGGUACGUGAGACCCGGGAGAACUACCCGGAGCUGUGUGUGAAGGCCAUGAGGGCUCUACUGGACAUGCUCCAGGGCCAGCAGCCAGAAAGCAUGAAAUACGAGCCUGCCAACGUUGUCGAUGGUCUUUUCCAACUGCUGAUGGAGAUAGCCACCAACUCUGGUCCAGACUUUGUACAUGAGGGCCAGUCCCUGACCUCCCUGGCGUGCUCAGCCCUGCUGAGUCUCGUGAUUGCUCUUGGGGACACAGGAAAACUGUUGACUGCAGUGUCUGCACUCCUCAUGAGCACAGGCUCCAUGGCCUCUCAGCACAUCAAGGUACCCGGUAUCUUGACAUCCCUCCAGAAGAGCGUCCAGGCUGUCCUACAGGGCCGCACCCAGCUACCAGACUGGUUCACACACGGGGUCAAGGACAAGGCUCUUCUCUUCUCCUUCAAAAUGGAGGAUAUCCCACCUGUUAGCUCACCAGAGAGCCAGGGCAUAGCAGCGGUGACAAGUGAUGGCAGAUUCCUCUACAUUCACAACAAACAAGGGCUGUUCAGGAUUGGAUCAGGAUAUGGGGGAUCUUUGAAGGGUCAUAUUUACUGCUACAGAGAAAUGUUGCCAGCAAAGUCAACAGUGUGGCUAGCCUAUGCCGGGGAUAUUCUCCUGUGUCGUAUUGACAACUCGUCCCAGCUGUGCACCAUCAACACGGACACUCUGGAUGUGGAACGCAUGUGUGAGAUGGAUGGCCAUGGUGUAGCUCCCUGUGCUAUGUUCUGUGAUGGUGAACACGUUGGACAGAUCACUGCGGCAAAAGAUGACAGUUUUGUGGUGCGUAUGUUUGACCCACACAAGUCUCCGAUGGAGGUGGUCAGUGAGCUUCCCCUGAAACUGACCAGGAAGUGUGUGGAUGCCUUUGGGCUUGACAACUCUGAAGUUGGGGUCAGCGAGAGGAAAACUAUCAGCACAGGCAUGGAUGAAGAUAUAUCCUUUAUAUGUGCUGGCAAGGACUUCAGUUUAAUCAAAACCACUGGAAAUAAGGUACUGUACACAGGCAAGUCCACUGCUCUGGGAAUAAAACAGGGCGGUCCCGCAGCGGGCAAAUGGGCGGAGCUUCCUGUAACAAAAUCUCCAAAGAUCGUGCAGGUUGCGGUGGGUCACGAGGGUCAACAUGCUCUCUUGGUGUCCGAGGAUGGUAGCGUAUUUUUUGCGGGGACACCAAGACGUGGGGAGGAUGGAGACACAAGCAUUUCUAAAGUUCGCAGGCAGCCUAAAGCUGUGAAGCCGAAGAAGAUGAUUCGCCUGGAGUCCCGCAAUGUUGUCUAUGCAGCUUGUAACAAUGGCAGCAGUGCUGUCAUCACUAAAGAGGGGGGACUCUACAUGUUUGGCAAAGAUACUGCUCACUGUCACCAAUCAAGUGGUCAUGUGACAGACCUGAAGGAACAAGUUGUUAGCCAGAUCUGCCUUGGAAAGGCACACGCAGUUGCUCUCACCAGUAAGGGCCGCAUCUACACCUUCGGCAUCAAUAACAAAGGCCAGUGUGGGCGUGACUUCAACCCUGCGGCUGCUAAGGACAAGGGCAGUCAGAAUGUCAACAUGCAUGUGGGGAGCCAGAAUGUGAACAUGACGGAGGAAGAAGAGGAGGUGGAUAUGGAGUCUAUCAUGUGUGCUCAAGGUAAACACAAGUGGAAGUUGGACCAGUGUAUGGUGUGUUUUGUGUGCGGGGAGUGCACUGGCUAUGGUCUCGGCUGUGUCAACUCUGGACGCCGCAAGGACAGGAACCCGGGAAUGCCAUGUGGUUGCGGUGCAGGUGAGGCCGGGUGCACGGAGUGCGGGGCUUGUCGCCAGUGUGCUGGGGAGCAGUUGGAUGGUGAGGAAGCUGACGGGGAAAUCCUCGGCAAGGCCAAGGACGCACCAUUCGAUCUUGCAAAGGACUUGGUCCAUCUCAACCUGAUCAUGGGUGGUAACCGGGAUGCAAAGAAGGGUCCCCUUGUAGACCUGUUUGCCAAAAUGGAGAGAUCACGAGCCCAACAACAAAGAAACAAUGUUAAACUCCAGCACAAGUUCAGAAAAGAAGAAGUUGAAGGUGACAAUGAUCAAGGUAACAAGAUAGUGAGCCUGCCACCCCAGGAUAUCGCAGUAGGCCCUGGGGAUGUCCCAGUCACCCAGAUAGCCUGUGGCAUGCACCAUACAGCUGUGCUCCUUCAGAAUGGUGAAGUGUACACAUUUGGUAGCAACCAGUAUGGCCAGCUUGGGCUUGGAGAUACUAUUACCAGGGGAACUCCAACACGUGUACCAUUGCCCAGCACGGCCCAGCAGGUGGUGACAGGGAGCCAUCACACGGUCAUACUAUUAGCCAAUGGCCAGGUCCUUACCUGCGGAAACUAUCAGAAGGGAGCCCUGGGUCGUAUGAAUGCGGAAGAUGGAGCUAAGUCAAAGAUGAAUAACUGGUAUGCCGUGCCAGGGCCAGUACCUGGAGUGGGAGCCAGGUUUGGACGUCGUGCCACAUGGGUUGGAGCUAGUGGAGACCAGACUUACAUGAGGAUUGAUGAGUCCCUCAUCAACGCCCAUAUCCUGUCAUCGUCCAAGGUGUUUGCGAACAAAACCACCAUAGGUCUGAUACCGAUGGGAGAGGACAAUGCGGGGAUCAUGAAAUGUCUGAUGAUCAACAAGACUGAUGGAAACUGUAAAAGUUCAGUUGGAAUAAAUAGUUUUGGUAGUAGUGAACAGGUGGACCUCUCAACCAAAGCUGUCUGCCUUGAUCCCAGCUAUGAUGUGCUAUGGAGCUACAGCCAGGAGACCAACGAGGUGGAGUGUUACAACGUGAUCUCAGCUGAGGCUCGCCCACUCAAGCAUGAUGAUAAGGUGGUCAGCGAGAUCUUCAAGCCCGAGCUGACUGUGCCCACAUGUUGGACUACAGAGGCCACAAGAUCACACUGUGCUCUGCAUGUUCUGGGAUGCUUGGAUACGUUGAUGCUGGCCCGUCAGAACGGCCUGACUGUGGUUGAAGAACAGAGAGAGAAGGCUGCAGCUGCCAAGGUCUACAACAAGGAUGACUUCUCAGUGGUCAACAGGUUUGAAAACCAUGGCGGAGGCUGGGGCUACUCUGGCCACUCCGUUGAGGCGAUACGCUUCAUGUGUGAUACAGACAUACUGCUUGGUGGAUUUGGGCUCUUCGGUGGCAGGGGAGAAUACUUUGGAAGGAUCAAGCUGUUUGAACUUGGUCAAGAUGGCGGUGAAAAUGAAGGGGAUGGUGAAAUGUUGGGGGAGACAGAGGAAAUUGCCUUUGAAUGUGCCGCCAGAGAGAAGUACCCUAUGUUGUUUGAUGAGCCGUUGCUGAUCCAGGCCAACAGUUGGUACGUUGCCCUGGCUAAGAUCUCCGGGCCUAGCAGUGACUGUGGGUCAAACGGACAGUACACCGUCACCACUGAGGACCAGGUGGUGUUCAAGUUCAAAGGAUCCAAGAAGUCCAACAAUGGUACAGAUGUGAAUGCUGGCCAGAUUCCCCAGAUGUUAUACAGGCUUCCGUCCCGUGACAACACGACCGUUACCCGCAAGUCAGAGACAACGGAGAGUGCUCAUGCACUUAGCCAGGAGUUCUCAUGCUCUGUGUCUUCUGAGAGUUUUGAGGCCAUACUAAAGCUGUUGGAUUGGGCCUGGAAUACUUUCCACUCGAUAGCGUCAGACCUUGACACAUCACGGGGCCCGUCCCACCUCGGGGCUGUCACAGACCUCCAGAAACUUGUGUACAUCUCACGGGCAUGUCUACGACUUUUGAAGAUGUUUAUCACUGAGAUUUACCCUGAUGGAACGCUGAUAAAACGGUUAAUGUCAGAGACACACAGACUGGCUGAGUGUGUAGGCAGUGCCCAGGAUCUGCUUCGGAGGAUUCUCGCAGAGGAGUUCAGCACUGGGAAGUUCAAGGUGUUUGUCCAGGAGCCCCCUGGCCAGCAGAUCUCGGCCAUGUAUGUGAACGACAUCUUGAGUGAAUGUCACCUGACCUUCCGACAGUGUUUCCACGCCUUCUACCCGACUGGAUCUCUCAAGUGGCUCUGUCUCUGUGACCUGCUUCAACAUCUAGAACCUAGUAUGUCCAAUGCUGGUGGAUAUGGUCGUCUGCUUGCUGCCAUCAUGGAAGCCAUGUGCCACCCCACUAUCAAACUGACAGGGAUCAUGCCCAUCAACUGUGAGCCUCAGACAGAGGAGAUUCUCCGUAAACAAUCUACAGUUAUGAUGGACGAUAAUACAAACAGUGCAGCACGCCUGGCGGACAUACACCGCUUCCCGCUACUAGUUGAUCACAUGACCAUGAGGAUUGGAAUGUCCCACCUUGGUCACAGCCACAUCUCAUUCAAGGAGGUCUUGGACCGUCUACUGAUGAUCGUCUCCUACCCUGUACGCCAACAACUUUUAGAGGACACAGCCAUCUACCCAGCUGUCCUCAUUGCCAACACUUGCUCUCUCCUUGCUACCAUCAUUAGCGAACUGGCAGCCACUGCUACAGGACUGGAGACUGAUGCAACCUCAAACACCCGCCCCUUACUGGUGACCCCAAACAGGUUUACUCGCACCAGCCAGACAGCUUAUUGGAACACAGGAAAUGGCUCACCAGACGCCAUAGAACUGAUGGUGGACAAGCCUGGCAUUGUGAUUGCUGGCAUCUGUCUGUAUGGUGGGGAUGGUGCAUAUAACUAUGAGCUUGAGCUUCUGGAUGAGCAAAGCAGUGGUGCCCAGAAUGACCCGAACCAUGCCCAACGCUGGCACAGUAUUGAGAUUGUGAAGGGGACGUAUGGGCCGGAAGACUGUGUGAAUGAUAUUGCUGAGAUCAAGUUUGAAAAACCCAUACCAAUUAGGGAGUGUACCAAGUAUGCUCUACGUCUGCGCAACCAUGGGCAACAGAGGACAUUCAAUGGUGAUGGAGGUAUCAGCAAGGUCAAGUGUCCUGAUGGAACGACCUUCACCUUUACUGCCUGUUCCCUUAGCAACAAUGGAACCAACCACAUGAGAGGACAGAUCCCACAGAUACUGUAUUACAGUGCCCCACAAGAAGGGGAGCACCAUCACCAGAGCAGCAAGAACCUGGCAGAGCUUCAGGCUCGUAAGAACGCCAUUGACAUUGUAAGUGCCAUCUGCCGUACCGCCACCGACCUGCUUCACCGGGCAGGAUCAGUGAAUCCAGCCAUGGUCAAGGAGACCCUGGCCAAUGCCCAGCUGUUCAAGUCACUGUUGCCACUGUGUAUUGCCUACAUAGGACCUGUUGCCUCCCAAGACCCCAGGGGAGCAGUGCAAGUUAUAAGCCUAGUGCAAGAGGUUUUGCCAGCCUUAUCGGGCCUUGUUAACCACGUGUUCCCUGCCCCACCGAAACCUGAGACAGGAGAUACGUCUAACGGGAUGACCGGGGCCCAGCAUUAUGCUAUACUCGAGAGUGACCACCCCUAUAAGCCUGCUACAGUUGCCAACUACAAGGUAACAUUCCCAGAAUCUGUCCUCUGGAUGGUGCUGGAAUUUGACCCCCAGUGUGGGACGGCACAGUCAGAGGAUACCCUUCAGUUGUUUGUACCUGGUUACCAGAAGGGGGACUCUGGGGAGGGGGUUGGGCCAAUCAUCACUGGAGACGACCAGGACACGCCCAAAACUGCAUACUGGCCAAUACUGAGGAAGUUCCAUGGAACAAGGGACUGGCCUAAACACUCAGUUAUCAUACCUGGCAAUGCGGUGAUAUUCUCCCUGGAGACAGCCUCAGACUAUGUGAAGGAUGAGAAAGCCUGUUUCUUUGGCUUCAAGUGCUUCCUCGUUGGAUAUGAAUGGAAAAAUAACAUGGAUGAUGUGUUAGUAAAGCUAGAGCAGGAGUUGAGCUACCUGGGUGGAAUGUGUUCAAGCUCUCUGAUGAGGAGGGACAUGUUGUUACCGGCAGUAACCACAGAGGAACUGGAGGAGGAUAUGGACAUCCUGGAGGAGGGUGCACAAAUGGUGUUUGGAAUGCAUUCAGGCCUCCUGGGGAAAGGCUUUGCCUUGUCCCGACCCCCAACAAUCAUGCAGGCUCUGGAAGGAAAUCUACCCUUCUGUUGGCAGAGCAAUGAGAGAUCUUUCCUCAAGGACUUUAUAACAUGUACCACAGGGACUAGUGGAUGUAGGCUUGCCAGAUGGCUGCAGCCCGACUCGUAUGUGGAUCCCCGUCAGUGUUGCCUGCAGUGUUGUGAGGAGGAGCUCAAGUGUAGCUGGCCCAAUAUCAUCACUGUUCUCACACGAGACCAGUACGGGCAACAGGUCUUCGCUCCAAACCUCAAGGUUGAGGUAAAGGCUGUCCCCCUGGACCUGGAGGGAGAUGACCUGAAGAGAAUGAGGAGGUUGAGUCGACCAGAUGAAGGCAGUUUGGCAUUUGGGGGCCACCCCCCUCCCAGCCUGGAGACCAUUUAUGAGGUCACUGUGAAGGACAGAAAAGAUGCCUUCCAUUCCAUCUGCAUGAUGAAGGACUAUGAAAACUACUCAUUUGAAGAGUUACGUUGGGCAGCCCCCGCUGUGCCACGCCCUAGUGAGAACAUGCUGGUACGCUCCGGAGAGGAUGGAACAUACUGUGCCAACUGGACACCUAGCAGUAUAGGAUUCUACAACAUACUUGUGUCCAUUGAUGGGUUUGAGACUGGUGAGGUAUACAAGGUUGAAGUUAAGGAGCCUCCACAGGGGGUCACCCCACCUUCCCAGACUCUUAAACGACAGCAACAAAAACAGAUGCGUAAGUUUAUAGCCAAGAACAGUGCUGGCCUGCGUGUGAGGACCAACCCCUCCCUCCAGAGUGAGCAGAUCGGCAUUGUGAAACCUGAGGGCAUCAUCUCCUUCAUGGAUGAGGUUCACAAUGAUGAUGGAGUAUGGCUGAGACUGAGUGCAGACAGCAUCAAGGAGUGGUGUCACAAUGGCUACUCAGAUGCCUGGACACUACAGUACAACCAGCACCUUGGGAAAACCCUCCUGGUGCCCCUAGAUGAGCCCAAGUCUACGUUUGAUGAGAUCCUGUCUGAAACUGUGAAGAAGUUUCAGAUGUACAACCAGAAACCUGUGGUCACACAGACUACCCAGGGUGGCCCUGGCAUGUAUGAGGUUGUCAAGUGUGGUUCGUUUGGCCAUAACAUCCGCAGUAGACCCAACCUGAAGGCCUCACCUGUGGGACGGAUCACCAUGGGCAACCAGGUCACUGCUACAGAGGAGGUGGUGAACAGUGAUGGUACGUGGGUACGUCUGGACAGUGACAGCGUGGAACAGUUCUGUCAAAACAAGGACGGAGAGGCAUGGGCACUGGCUCGUUCUCGUGACAACACCCCAUACCUUGUACAUGAGUCCCAGCUAGGCGUCACCCAGCAGGCGUCAACCAAGGACCCCUUCGCUUUUAAUGCCUUGCCAACACAGGUACAACAGGGGUUUGACUUUGGUUCCCCUGUAGGUCAGCGGUACCCGGUGUUUGGCCAGGACCAGGCACAGAUGUUUGGGGGAAGGAGGGCUGCUGCUUACCCAUUUACUACCCAGACUUCAGUUGGAGGCUUUGGUUCCCCAGGAAUGCCCAUCCCUGGUUUUGGGGUCCUGCCCAGCUUUAGACAGUACCAGGACAGCGAGACGGGACGUACCUACUCCAUGCCAGCAUCAGCCUCCCACUACCCCUAUGGAAGCCAGGGUGUUUCUCCAGGCCCGCCAUUUGGACCCCGUUCUGGUACCCAGCUUGUAACAACACGGGCUCCAUCUCCUGGCUCACCCAAGUUCUCCCGUAAAGAGAUGCAGGCUAGUGGGCUUCCACCAGACAUUAAUGUUUCAUCCAUGAAGGAUCUUGUCAAGGUUCUUGGCCAGGCCCAACAAGACCAGCUUGAGGCUUCCAACCUUGAUUGGGGUCAAGGUCAUGAACUUGGUUUCCAUACCAACUGGAGUAUUCCGUUUGGAGGCAAGGAGUACCGAGCACUGACUCGGGCUCUGAGCCCUAAAAAACUAGCGCAGCUCAUAGGAGAGAGUCAGGCCAAUGGGAAUGGCCCCACCCCAGUCCCCAGCCCCCCAUCCUCGCCCAAGAAGCCCUUGUCACGAAGUAACAGCCCACAAACCGGGCUUGAUAAAGGAUCCCCUCGAUCAGGAAGCCCAAUAGCCCGUAGUGGGAGUCCAAAGCAGUCCUUCUCGCCUUCCCGUAUGAACUCCGUGGUGUCAGGGGGGUCAGAUAGCUCCCAGUUUGUGACCCCACCCAGUAGCCCUCUCACCACAAGGAAAGGUCAGUUGCGUAAGGAGGCCUCUGUGGACCGGGUAUCAGUGUCCCCUCCCCCACGGCCUUCUGUUAGUGACCCUGGGGCCAGGCAGGGCUCCCGAGAUGAACUUGACGGUGACCUGGGGCUAGGCCCCAACCAGCGGAAGGAGGGCUCAGUCAGUCCACGGUUCUCCUCUCCUGGAAGACGCAGUCCACAAGGCAGUCCUGGGCGGUCAGGCAGCCCCCAUCUCCACUCUAGUCCCUCAAGAGCCCAAGCAGGGUCCCCAUCUGUCAGCCAGGGGGCAGAUGGAGUCAAGGUUGCCUUCAACAUUGGGGCUUCUAACAAGGAAGAUGCUGGCAGAUUAUCACCAAAGAACAUCAGAAAGGACAGAGGUCGGACAUUGAGGUCAAAGCGGGACAGGGCCAAUUCGCCUUCUCAGCGAGACUUGACACCUAUUGCCCGGGCCCGGGCAUUCUCUGCUUCAAUGGUGAUGGACCGGCCCAAGCAUCACACCCAAAAAGCCAUGUCACCUUCUGUCGCCGAGGCCCUUAGGGCUGUGUUUGCAGCCUUUCUAUGGCACGAAGGAAUCGUGCAUGAUGCUAUGGCCUGUGCUUCAUUCCUAAAGUUUAAUCAAAACCUCACCAAAGAAAUGUCAUCUUUCAGUAAAUCAAGUAAGAAAACUGAGAAAACCAGGCAGAGGCACGCUACUGACUCCAGUAAGGAUCAAUCAAAAAAGAAGGAAAAUAUUAACGAACCAAGGGUGAGAUUUAAAUUAGAAUCAAAAAUGAAGGGUGAUGAAAAACCUGAGACUCACUUCUCAGAUUCAGAGAAGAAGAAAGACCAAAUAAGAAUGAAGUCUGAUGCUAAAACCUUAGAACAUUAUGUGUUGCCAGAAAAGCCUUCAGUUUCUGAGAAGGAACCACAGUUGCCACCAACACUUCAGCACCUUGUUUACUUCUGGGAUGAGUUGUCAUUGGCUACUCAGAAGGUUAUAAUACAAGAGCUGGUGUAUCCUAGUCCUGCAAUUGCUGUUAAGAGCAAGAAGCCAGAAAAGAAAGAUGAGAAAAAGGAUAAGGAGAAGAGGUCUAAGAAGAAAAAAGAGGCAAAGCAUGUUGGUAGAGGAGGAGAUUUCCUCUUUGGUCAGGCACUUUAUGGGCCUGUUGCAGAUCGGGAGUCAAAUUGUGAACUUUGUAAUGGGAUGUUUCCCCACCCAGUGACCUACCACAUGAGACACGCCCACCCUGGUUGUGGUCGUCAUGCAGGGGGUAAGGGAUACAACAGUGGGGGUAACUUCUGUGAUGGUUGGGCUGGGAAUUGCGGAGAGGGUGGGGUAGGGGGCAGCAGCUGGUACCUCAUCUGUGACCUGUGUCGGGAGAAAUACUUGAAGGAGAAACGUCAAGCCCAAAAGGAGAAAGAUAAAGUAAAAAAAAUGAAAAAGAAAGGUGGAAUUUCUCGUCAGCAGAACAUAAUGUUACCUGUGGAGGCGCAUAUUGUGCUGAAAAAUAAUGCCAUGUUCUUGCUGGACCUUGCCAGUGCAUCCGGCUUCCAGCUUCCCACUCAGUCAUUGAAGAAACAGUCGCCAACGAGAAAUGAGCUCUUGUUACCAAUAGUAACAGAAGAAUACAGAAUGGACCUUAACAUGUUCCCACAGGUUCCCUUCCAAUUCCUAAUACGACAGAGUGCCCAGAGCUCAGACUCAGCUUUUGCUGAUGACUUCUUUAUUGAUAACGAAGAUCGAGUUCUAGUGAGGUCGGGCUCUCUCAGCAUCCACAAACCUGUGUCAUACCGUCCCCGUUUGCCCACAGAACCCCUUCACAGCCCACUAGCCAGAUCUGGGUCACUUGGGAAAGAUGCCAGGCCAUUAUCAACUUGUCUGCCUGCUACUAGUCACUUAGAUGGUCACUCAGAGUCUGAUGCCAGUCUGAUGAUGAACCCCCGUAGUGCAGGAACCAGUCCGGACUCUGACCCCGAGGGAUCAAAGAAGGGGCCAUUCCAGAGGAGUGUGUCAGAGAUCGUGUCAGACGAUGACAGCUCUAACUCACAGAACAAGGGUACCCUGGGGAGGCUGUUUGGAUCUCGUAGAAGAAACAACAGUGGUGGAGUAGGAGAUGGAGGCACACUGUUGAAGCACCCAUCAGCAGCCAUGCAAAAGCUCAUCAAUUCAGUGAAGGAAGAUCGUGGUAUUCCUAUGAACCCCCAGGAGCGAGCCCUCACCCGCCCCGUUAUGUCGUUCAUCGUACAGAGACACGAUCUUGAUGGCCUACAGCUAGCAAUGAGGCAGGCUCUCCGCAAGUCUACAUGCCGGGUCUUUGCUUUACAGGCCAUGAACUGGCUGUUACGUACCGUCACCAACGCGACCUGUAUCCAUGACCUGCUGUGGUUCUUUGUCUCGGCCCUUGCUCGUCAGGAUGAUGAUGAGGAUGAGGCCCCAGAGGAGGGAAAGGAUGGACAAAAGAAUGAUCCUCCCGCUGUACCUCCACCUGCACCCAAGGAGAAGAAAGAUCCAAAGAAGGAACAAGAGGAGGUGCCAGUGUGUGAACACCCAAUGUCAGACAUCACGAUAGCAGGGAAGGCAGUUGAACCCCUGCCAGAGUCCUUUCACACCCUGCUACAGAGUAUAGCAGAUGUCACGAUGUCUCUACCCCUGGGCUCUGUUAUACAGCAAAUGGCGUUGCGUUGUUUCUGCAUGAAGUUUCAUCAGUCUGACCACCAGUUUCUGUACGAGAGUCACGUGUUCAGCAACAUCUCCCAGAUCCUCAGCAAAUCAGAUGAGCUCGCAGAGGAGGCCAAGAACGGAGUGGUUGAAAAGUGCAGCUACAAGGUGAUCACCCUGAAGGACCUGACCCCCACUGCUGAGAUCAAGGCUUCUAGUAGACAGGCCAUGAUUGCAAGCCUCACAGACAACUCUACGGAGACUUUCUGGGAGAGUGGUGAUGAGGAUAGAAACAAGGUGAAGACCAUCACCAUCACUUGCCAGGGUCAGGCCAAUCCCCGUAUCAUCUACAUACAUGUGGACAACACUAGGGAUCUGGGGAGUAAGGUAUCGAGCGUGACCUUUCAUGCUGGUCCUGCUGCCGAGGAUUUGAAGAAGAUGAUGCAGGUUGAGGUGGACACUCGCCACAUUGGCUGGCUGAACUGCCCAAUUGCAGAGGAGGAAUGCCGUGUCCUGCAGGUGUCCAUGCGAGGUCCUGACCAUAGUUUGAGGGUCAGACAAGUGAAGGUCCUAGGGGACAAUUUGGAACUCCAGCCCCGGCGCUCCAUGGCUCAAAUACAACAAGCAAACUGUGAGGCUGAAACACUGAGGGUCUUUAGGCUUCUUACUUCACAGGUGUUCGGCCGCCUGAUUGACCGUCUGGACAAGAAGUCUCCAGACACACUGGACCUUCACCUGGACAGUGACCCUGACCUUAAGGAGCACAUGGUUGGCAUUCUCUUCAGCCGCAGUGGAAAACUCUCUCAUCUACAGAAACAGGUGUGUUCACACAUCGUGCAAGGCAUCAAGAAGGAGACAAUCCGUGUACGGGAUGAGUGGGAGAUGGCUCUGCUGCUCAAACAGGACCUCCAAGAAUCUAGGUCAAAUGACAUGUUCUGUUUUGAGCUGGUAUCUAUGGUGAUGGCAUUGACAGGAUCAGGUGUGGGUAGAGCGUACCUUGCCCAGCAAAGUGGUCUGCUGAAAGACCUGUUUUCCCUUCUGCAUACAGCCUCACCUAGGGUUCAGAGACAGGUUGUGUCAGUGUUGAGGCGGGUGUUACCAGACGUUAAACCCCAGGCCCUGGCCAAUAUUCUCGUUGUUCCCUCCCUUCCUCCAGUCGAGUACAGCAUUGUCUCCCUUGCCAGUCGGGAGGAUGGGGACCGCUCCUUUGAUCCGACCCGCCCCUGUAUCCUGGAUGUGUUCCUAGCGUGUAUUGCUAAGGCUCUCACUGUGCAGUCCAAGGUCAAGGCUGCUGGGCCACACAAAGGUGUCACCUCCAUCACACUGGCCGAGUGCCUCACUGAUGCCUCGGGCAUAGAAGCCUCAAGCCCAAGAUGGUGGCUACGGGGCUCCAUGUCAGCUAACCUGGCCAACAGCAUGAUAGCGCUGAUCCAAGACAUGGCUGUGGGCACAUUGUCUGAAUUAUGGAACUCAGUGACAAAGGCUGCAAUUGCAGAGGCUAUUCUCUCCCUCACAAAACUACAGGAGGGGCUGAGGACUCCACAGGCCUGCAUCAAGACUCCCACUAUGUGGUUGGCCCUAGCGUCCCUGUGUGUACUGAACCAGGACCAUGUUGAACGUCUCACCUCGGGCGAGUGGGUGUCAGGCCCUGGGGGAACCCAUGGACAGCCUCGCCCAACAUGCGAUAACCAUGAUGAUGGGGAGACACCCGCCAUCAUUCUGUGUACAGAGUGUGGGAAUCUGUGUGCUGACUGUGACCGAUUCCUCCAUCUUCACAGGAACAAAAGAUCACAUCAGAGACAGGUGUUUAAGGAGGAGGAGGAGGCCAUUAAAGUGGAUUUGCAUGAGGGGUGUGGUCGCACCAAGCUGUUCUGGAUCAUGGCUCUGGCUGACAGUAAGACGCUCAAGGCCAUGGUGGAGUUUAGAGAGGGAAAAGAAAAGUCCUCUGUUACCAAGGGUAAGGCGGCACUGGGCACGUGCAGAUUCUGCGGGGCCACGAGCAGCACAGGCAUUCUAGCUAUAGGCAAUGUCUGUACAGAUAAGGAAUGCCAGGUGAAUGCUGAGAAUGCGUGUAGCAAGACGUUAUCCUGUGGCCAUCUGUGCGGGGGUAUACGGGAUGAAAACCCAUGCCUGCCCUGCCUACACCAGUGUCGUGUGGACGAUCGUGAACACCUCAAACAAGACGCAGACGACAUGUGCAUGAUAUGCUUCACCGAGGCCCUGUCUGCUGCUCCUGCCAUUCAGUUGAAGUGUGGUCAUGUGUUUCAUCUACCUUGUGCCAAGGAAGUCCUGCAGAAUAGCUGGGUUGGACCUCGCAUAACAUUUGGCUUUUCUCUAUGCCCAAUUUGCAAGUGCAAUAUAGACCACCCCGUUCUGCGUUCCAUUCUUCGACCCAUACAAAACCUGUACGAGGAUGUGAGACGUAAGGCCCUCAUGCGACUUGAGUACGAGGGGCUUCACAAGGCGGAGGCCAUCACUACCCCAGGGGCAAGGUUCUACAAGGACCCCGCAGGGUUCGCUAUGGACAGAUAUGCUUACUAUGUCUGCUACAAGUGUAAGAAGGCCUACUACGGAGGAGAGGCGCGCUGUGAUGAGCAGGCCGGGGUUGGGGAUGUAUAUGACCCCCAGGAGCUUGUGUGUGGGGCCUGCUCUGACGUCACCAUGGCACAGAUGUGCCCGAAGCAUGGCACUGACUUCCUGGAGUACAAGUGUCGCUACUGCUGCUCAGUGGCUGUCUUCUUCUGUUUUGGAACAACUCACUUCUGUAACCUGUGUCACGACAACUUCCAGCAAGUCACCUCCAUCCCGAAGCCUGACUUGCCCAAGUGCCCAUGUGGCCCACGUGGGAAACAGCUGGAGGGGGAUGAGUGCCCGCUGCACUUGAAACAUCCACCAACGGGGGAGGAGUUUGCCCUGGGGUGUGGCGUGUGUAGGAAUGCACACACCUUUUAAGUCUGUGUGUGUCUCAAGCUGUUAUGUGGACAUAUAUGUGAAUGUAUAUUGUAAUGUGUUUUUUCUGUGUUUCAAUGACUGUUUUUUCUGUUUGGAUUAUAUCCGUAACACUCUCAAAAACAAAAAGUCCUAUUCCUUCAAAUUUGCUUUGCGAGUUUCAAAUAAUAUGAGACAUGCUGGAAUUGUUUUAAAUUGUAAAAGAUGAAUAUUUGGUCUUGCAUAUUAAGAUAUUAAGUUGUUUGUUGUUUUUUUAACCGGAACAUAAAAAGAAUUUCAUGAGAUAAAAAUGGUAUUGAAUUUGUUGACACAUUUUGCUUUAAGCAUCAAUUUUUAUCAAUAUUUAAUGCACAUAUAUUGUGUACAAUUAUUUUGAAAUGUGCAAAUUUACAUUUAUAGUUGAUAAAAAGAUAAAUAUAAAUAGUUUGUAACCUGCUACUAGUAUUGUUAGGCUUGUGUUCAUGUGCUUUCCUAUUAUCAAGUGUUAUAUUGACCCCCUUAGGAUUUUUAGUUCCAGUAUUGUUAUAAAUACUUAUGCAUGUACAUGUAUAUAAAAUCAAUGGUUUAAUACAAUGGUAUGUUUAUAAAUCAAAAACAUCAUGUUUUUGAACGUUAUUGUCUGACUUAUGUGUUGGUAACUGUUUCAUUAAUAUAAUGCUGUUUAAUCAUUAAUUAUGCAUGUAAUAUAAAAUAUACAUAAAGAGAACUUAUAGACUGAAAUUGGGAAUGUAAUUACAUAAAAAAUGAAAAAUGUCAAUUAUGAUAAAUGUGCUACAUUAUAACCAACAUAUGCUUGUUUAGUAGUAUUUGUUUUCUUAAGAUAUUUCUCUGUGAUAAAUACAGUGUAAAAACCAUUU